AAUCCUCCUGUAAGGAAACAUGCAAGGCUACACCCAUAAUUAAUUGGACAUGAACAACUGCAGGUGAGUGUGUUUGUUUUCUGGUUAUGUUUCCAGGAAGUGUCUCCAGGUAUGGAGCGCCGAGCCUCAGCCCAGAGCUGCUGGCCUCUCUCCAGUCUCUCGGCGAAAACAAUGACUACACACUACUGCCACACUCGCUGCACCAGAUCGCAGAGACCUGUGCACUCCAAGAAGAUUACCAGUUGGCCAUCCAGCUUCUCCAGCUAGAGAAGCUCUACCAUGAACGUGUUCUUUUCAACCUCACUGUCGUGCAGGAAAACUGGGAGAGCUGCUGCAAAGAGAAGGAUGCUGACAUCCAUCUGCCCGCUGAAACUGACAACAUCAAUCAGAAACAGAUUGAGACGCUUAGACACAUCUGUGGGACACAUCUCAGCCCAUCUGGGAGUGAGGAUAUAACACUAAUAGACAUUCAAAUCAAGAAAGAGGCAUCUUCUCGGGCAUUCAAGCAUGAAAUACCACACAGAGAGGAUGAUGAACAAGUGGCAAACAUGAAGUCCAAGUCAGGUCAACCUAAGCAUCCUAAACAUGGAAGUGAAGAAGAGCCGUACGAGCAAAUGAAAGAAGUAGAGGACCAAGAGGAGGAAUUGAAGGUGGAGUGGACAGCAGGAGUUCCCCAGGCAUCAGACACGGACCUGGAUAGACUUUGCCAUGCAGAUGAGAAUCCGAGCACUGAUGGUCUGGUUUCGAUACUGAAGAGGAGGAGAGCAUCCAUGGAUGGUCUGCCGCCCCCCAGCAACAUGGACAACAAAAUGAACUCCAAACGCAAAGUCCGCUUCAGCGAGCCGGAAGAUGGCAUCGAACACGAUGAGCUGGGUGGAAACUCCUGCUUGAUCCUGCUCUUGCUGUGUCUUGUUACCGUGGUGAUCAGCGUAGGCGGGACUGGGCUCUACUGCUCUUUGGUGGACACGGCCUCUAACAUUUGCACCGACUUCAGUCUCAACUUCGACUUCUACAUGACGAAUGUGGGGAGUUUCUUCGAAGGGCUCGGAGAAUGGCUGCCUCACUGGACAUAAGAGACAUGGGGUUGAAGUCACAGACAACCAAUUUUCAGCUUGUUAAGACUCAAGAAGUUGAGUUUGAAUUUCUCAGAGAAACACCGAGCUGUAAGCAUUCUCGAGUCAAAAGAUGAUUGCUUACUUGUGUUAAUCAUUUAUCCUAGACAAAACCUUUACCUCAAGGGUUCUUGCAACUUUGACUUUGUCCAUAUUUAAAAAAAAUACUUGUUUCCCCCAUUUGUAGCAUUUUGGGGAUUUUUUUCUUUUUAGUCCUUUGCUCCAAUUACUUUUGGCUGUGUUAUGAGUUUAUCUGUGUUGAUACAACAAGGAAAUUGUCAUUUUCACGAUUGCAUACGUUUUUUUUUUUAAAACAACAAUGGGCCAAUCAUUUUAAACCCGUUUUACUGUUCUGUUAUAAUUGAGCCAGUGCUGCAUAUCUGGAUCAGACACAUGACACUGAUGUUUUAGAAAUAAUUUCUUAAAGAAAAAGAGAAAAAACUGACCCGUGAUCAAAUGCAGCUUGUUUUUGUUGUGACUUUGAGCACCCAUGAGGGCUCACCACAGCAAGUCACUUGCAUGUUUUGUUCAGCACCGUCACCUUUCUGACACAACCCCUUCAUACUGACACUGGCUAGGUAGUCGGUGGGUGGCCAGCAUGGGUAAUUCCAGGAUCAGAAGUUUAGUAGUGCUGGGAUUCAUUUUAGGGAUACUUCAGCACCCUGCAAAAUAUACUAGAAACUUGGAUGCUGGCCAGGAAUCCAAACUGUUGUCUGCAUGAACCAAAGAGAUAAAACUGACCUUGUUUUAGUUUAAACAGCAAUGUAUCCAUCCAUUUCCUGAGCUGCUUAUCCUCACAAGGGUUGCGGGAGUACACCCUGAACUGGUUGCAAGCCAAUCGCAACGCACACAGAAAACACCAUUCGCACUUUUGAUAUAAAUUUGGUUUAAUCUCUGAGCACAAGUGCCUCAAAAUUGUGAGGUCAAAUCUGGGCUCAGGACCUGCUGUGAGGAAUUUGUAUGUUUUUAUUUUUAUUUUUAGGUACUUCCACAUGCCCAAAACAUGCAUUUUAGGACAACUGAAGACUCUAAAACCGGUGCUCUGGCCUAAAUUAUGCAUUCACAUCGUAAUUCUUGCAAAAUGCAGUUGAGAGAAUGUUUGUCUCUAUGUUCCCUGUGAUUGGCGUGUGACCGAUCCAGACUACCAGUCACAGACUGCCUGGGCCAAGUACCAACCAGGGCCAAACCCGUUGAUUUUUAGACUUGCACCCGAAGUCAGCUGCAAUAAGAAUGGGAUGGAACAUGGAUGGAUUCGUUUUACCUCACAAGGUUGUAAUAAAAUACACAUUAUUACUAUCAGUCAAUACUGUAAGGCGCAGGUGUCAUGGAUUGGUUUUACCUCACAAGAUAGUAAUAAAAUACACGCUAUCAGUCAAUACUGUAAGGCGCAGGUGUCAAAGCUGAUGUCGCAGGGGCAGAUUCAUCCUGCCACUUCAUUUUAUGUGGCCCACGAAAGUGAAUCCAAAUUGCUAAUUGUGUUUCAAAGUAAUGUUGCGAUAGAUUGCAAGUAUUUUUGUGACCAAUCUCAAUUUGAAAAGUAAUAUCAUAGUUAAUGUCAUUUUUGAAAAGGCUUAAGAAUGUUAUUUUUGAAUAGGCUUCUGAUUUUAUAACUAGUUACUCUUCAAUUGGUUUUGUCUAAAUCUAUGAGGUGAUACUUCUUUCAUAGGGGUUCAUAGUCAUAAUAGCUCUCCGAGGGAAGUCAUAACUAGGGUGUGCCCAGCUGUGAGUAUAUAUUUACCAUCACCAGGGUCCAACAAUCUGCAUAAGCGCAGCAGUGCGUGCAUCAAGGAUUUUGAAAGCAGGCCUCAUUCUACACAGGUUUUCAUGGAUGCAAUAUUUUCCAUUUUACAGGCACCUCACUCAGGUACUUGCAUUGCCUUUGUGUUUUUUUAGUGCUCAUAGAUGCCCAAUGUUUUCAGGUUUAUCCUUGAAAUUUAUGUUUCUGUGUUUAGAUUAAUGAGCAUAUCCAGUUUACGUCAUAAUACCAAAGGACCAAUGCAGGGCGAGCGUAAUUGCAAACAUAAAUAAAAGGUUUACUUUUUCUAUACACAUGACUGAAUAACACUGAAAUGAUGACGGACUAUAAAGUAUAUUUAUGCAACCUCAACAUGGUUUGGAUAGUUAAGAUGUGCAAUUUAGGGUUUGAAAUUUAUAUUUCACCUGUAUUCCACAUUUAUUGCAAUGGGUAAAGCAUAUUCCUUUACCAAGUGCCUUGUCAAUUUGCGCAAUCUGCCUUUUGUUUAUUUGGUACGUUCACAAGGGAGUAUGACUAGUGCAGGAAAUAUUGCAUUUAUUUAUUUUUUCCGCAAAGU